UCGCGGCGCUCCCGCCUCAGGAGGAGGACGUGCGUUCGGGGGCUCAGGUGCGAGCCUGCCCGGGGACUCGCAACCAACAGUAGUUUGUCUUUCUUUUGAGACACACACACACACACACACACACAGAGAGAGAGAGACACGCACGCUGCAUUGUGCCCGUGAGUGAGUAAUCCGCUUUAUUAACACGCGGCACAGGUAGAGGGCAACGCGCGCUCUUCUUCGUGUGUGUGCGGAGCAGUGAGUAGGUCCCUCGCGGGGCAGGUGCGUCCGCAGGAGCAAAGAUCCUGGGACAGAAUGAACAUAGAAAUCGCUCGAAGGACUUAAUCAAACUCCGGGCGAGUCGCUUCUUUUGAAGCGACCGGGUUCGGGCAGCGGGCGCGUAUUACGGGGACAUCGAGUCGAAGGCUGCGGACCAGAGCGGAGGGAGAAGAAGCGAGUGCGAAAGACUGACGCCGGCUGCUGCGGGACGGACGGAACAUGAGGAGAACGGGCUACGCAGUUGCACUUCCAUGCAAUUUUGGGGGCCACUUGCUGACCUGGACUCGAGCGCGAGAGAAGAAGGAUCUGGGCGUCGCUGCGAUACCGCGAGUCAAAGCGCAGAAGAAGGCUGAGAAGCGCCGCGACCGUUUACAGUUACACCCGUGGAUUACGAGGACUGCAAGCGGAAGGCUGAGGAGAGUGGAGCCCUCAGACCCCACGAGUCCAACUCUGAAAAGGUCAUUUGAGACCGAGGAGGCAGACACGUCUGCAGCACCGCUCACUCGCAGAGCAGCUAACCUUCGCUCCUCCACGUCCUCCUCCAGCCAGAGGCUGCAGGAACUUGUCGCUCGCAACUCCGACUCCACGUCUUCCUCCACCUCCAGGGUGACCUCAGAGGCGCCGGGCCAGCGAGCGGUCAAGUCUGUUCUGCAGCGGGUGGAACCGUCAGGGGCGCGCGUGCCCGAGCCUGCGUCCCGCCGCACGGAGCUCUCUGUCGACGUGUCCUCCAGGCUGGUGGAUAGCACUCCCGGUUCUGGAAUCGCCCGCUUUGGGCUGAGGAGGCCCGACACCACAUCCCGAAGGGCUGAACCUGCCCCUGCGGCGUCUCGCCUCCCCGAACAGCCCCAGAGGAAAGCGGACCACCCCAGCCCUGUGGAGGUGCCCUCGAGACGACCCGAGGUUUCAGAAGACAGCACCGGCCCAGCAGCCAGUGAACCGCAAACACCGAGCGAGCACAAGACGCAGCAGUCCCCCCUCUCAGACGUGUCCGUUAAGCUUCCUGACAAGUCAGACAUUAUUUCAAGCUACAGCAGCGCAAUGUCUGAGCCAGCCAAGCCAGUCCCGGGUCCUCCCGUCAACGAGAAGCCCAGCAUGGACUUCAGCUACGUGGGCAUCGAUGCCAUCCUGGAGCAGAUGAGGAGGAAGGCUAUGAAACAGGGCUUUGAGCUCAACAUCAUGGUCGUAGGCCAGAGUGGCCUGGGGAAGUCUACGCUGAUGAACACCCUCUUCAAGUCCAAGGUGAGCCGGCGCUCUACGCUGGCUUCUGCUGAGGAAAGGAUUCCAAAAACUGUUGAGAUCAAGUCCAUUAGCCAUGAUAUAGAGGAGAAGGGUGUGAGGAUGAAACUGACAGUCAUCGACACUCCAGGUUUUGGAGAUCAUAUCAACAAUGAAAACUGCUGGCAGCCCAUCAUGAGGUUCAUCAACGAGCAGUACGAGAGGUACUUGCAAGAGGAGAUCAACAUUAACAGAAAGACUCGGAUCCCAGACUCUCGGGUGCACUGCUGUAUUUACUUCAUUCCACCCACUGGCCAUUGCCUGAGGCCACUCGAUGUGGAGUUCAUGCGGCGCCUCAGCAAGGUCGUGAACAUCGUCCCCGUCAUUGCCAAGGCGGACACGCUCACCCUGGAAGAGAGGGACUUCUUUAAGAAGAAGAUCAGGGAGGAGCUGCAAGCCAACGAUAUCGACGUGUAUCCCCAGAAGGAGUUUGACGAGGACGCAGAGGACAGAGCGAUCAAUGAGAGGAUCCGAGGCAUGAUACCUUUUGCUGUGGUGGGGAGUGAUCAGGAGUGCCAGGUCAAUGGCAGGAGGCUCCUGGGAAGGAAGACCAAGUGGGGAACAAUUGAAGUUGAGAACAUUUCCCACUGUGAGUUUUCCUAUUUGAGAGACCUGCUUAUUAGGACCCACAUGCAGAACAUCAAGGACAUCACCAGCAGCAUUCACUACGAGGCAUACCGUGUCCGCAGGCUCAACGAGAGCAACGUGCAGUCGAAUGGUGUCACCGAGCAUGAAGCCACCACCCAUGAGAUGUAAACAUGUCUGCACCUUCCAUGUCCCCAUGAACCCUGACCUCAGACUCCAGUUCAUCCCAUCAACUCCGCCGUUUUAUACAGUUAAACCCCACAAUUAUGCAGGCCCUCUCGCUUUCCCCAAAGCAAGGAACAACUGGUACAGACUCUUUUUGUGAACUGACAUUCUUGGUGAUGCAUUUUGGCUCUGGACUGAACUUCAACUGCUUCUCGGUGACUUUCCUUUGAUUCAAGAAUCCUUGUUCUUGUGCCGCAUUUAGCUUUUCCUCUGCUGAGUGCAGUAGACAGACAAGUCACAACAAGGGCAGGCUUCUGAGAGCGACAGUAUUUUUGCCAGGAGCAUCACAGGAAAGCACUCCUUUUAAUGAAUCCACAUUUUUACAUUCCAGUAUCUUAAAGCACAUUGCUCAGACUGCUUAAACCAAAAUAAAUGUUGCCAAAGAAUCAACAUACAUCUUUCCAAAUAAGACCACUGUGUUGCACUGAGUGCUUGGACAGACCGAAUAGAAACUGCCACCAUCAACAGGUGUGCUGGGCUGUUAAAUUCUCAUGCAUCAAAUAAGAGAAAAGAGUUUACAAACCCAGAAGAGCAGAAUCAGAGCAGAACCAGAACUUGCGGUACAAAUAUAAUACUUGCCAGCAGCAAACCCUCUAUCAAGUCCCACUAUAAUUCCAGCUCCAUUAUCAGUUCCACGUGGCAACAGACACAUCUGCACUGCUCAUGACAUUGUGGAGAAGAUUUUGGGGGUUUGUUUUAUGUUUAUUUUUUAUCUUUGGUCUCUUGCAAUAAACUCAUUAUACCAUUAGCCAUUGUACCUAUUUUUUGCAUUGGACCACCUAUACAGUACAUUUACAUUUUUAUUUUUGCGAUUUAACAUUUUGUAAUUAUUGCUGUGUUUGCUAAACUUCUGUGCUUGGGGGAGGUGGGAUCCAAGGAAUAAAGAACUGUAAUUGUGUUC